GGCGAAGAUGAUUUGUGCAUUGGACAAACUUUUUAGUUUGUUAGAAAAAGUUCUUUAUGGAGAAAUUGAGCAUGAUGAAGGAGUGUGUAUGAUUUUUGAUCACGUGUAUGAGAUCAGUAUGAAGCUCAGAUCGAUCCCUACUUUUGAAGGUCAAAUUGAUUAUGGUGCGCUUGACGUGGAAUUUUUUUGCUCGGUACAAGAUUUGGUCCGUGGACCUCCAGUUGUGUCAAGUCAAAUCCCUUUCGAGUUACAAAUUUUCAGAACACAUAUUAUGGGUUUGCUAAGGAAACUGCCAGGCACUCCACUUCCUCCACCAGUGUUGCCCCCAAGAUGUGAUGGAAGCAAACCCGUGCAGUGGUUAGCUACGGUAUGUGAGUAUUUCCAGUUUUAUGAAGUCCCUUUAGUUGAUCGUUUGAACCGUGUGACAUCAAUGUUAGAGGGCUCUGCCUUGGCUUGGUUUAAUUGGCGUAUGCAUGGCAGCUUAAUUGAUGGUUGGGAGGAUUUUGUUGAAAAGUUCAAGAUUCGAUUUGCUCCAUUACAUGGUUUGGAGUAUAUUUCUUUUGAGAAGACGUCAGAGAAGUCUAGAGAUACAUUUGCCCACAUGGUGGAAAACACCAACACACCCCCCGCCCCGAUUGUGGAGGACACAAAUGAACUAAAGGAAUCAAGCGAGGAAUCUUUCAUUAAAGAGGACAAUGAUAGCGGGUCUGACGUCAUUGACAAUGAUGGUGGUGUUAUUGAUGGAGAUGAUGGUGCUACUAUUACAAGUGAUAAGCUAUCCUACAAGCCAGAUUCUACACCUCAUGAAUUACAUGUGCCACUAAAUGCCCUAAUGGGGGUAGAAAUUGCAAAGUAUGACGUUCUAGAAUGUGUUGACAAGGUGGCUAGUGAAAAUUGUAACCAAGCGGCCCAGUUAAUUUCUUUGGAUACCAUCAAGUUGUUUGAUCUUGUCAAGUCUGAGCACCUGGUCUCGAAGAAAAUGAUUCGACGAGAGUUUGGUCUUCACUUUUAUUUAUGCCUAUAUACUUCACCCGAGAAGCCUCUUGAAGAUUGGAAUAGAGCCGAUCUUGUGGUGAUGGAAGAUCAUGUCUACGCGGAUCUAGUUAGAGAAGAUGAAGAGAAAGAGAAUAUGUUUUCUGAGCAGUUGUCAAACAAAGUGCUCUGCAGCCCAAUUGAUAGGUAUUCCUAAGCCCUAGCUAUAUCUAGCUACAUUUAGUGUUAUUAGACUUAUUGAUUUCAUCUUAUAAAAUAAAAAUGAUGUUUUAAGUUCAGUCUUAUGAUUGUUCUUCAGCAUUUAAGCAUCUUAUGGUGUGACCUUUGAUUUGUUGGUUUGAAUUUUGAAUCAAUUAUUGGGUGCCAU